GUCACCUCCGGCUGGGUCAUGUGUAGGUCAGUAGCAGCAGCAUUAGGUUCAUGGAGAGUUCAGCUGCAUACAUUAGAAAAAAAACACCAUCGCUCCAGUGACAUAACGAGUCUGAAGCAGGUUCAGCUCGGAGACAUCCGUCAAUGAGCAGCAGAUAAGGAGGAAAAAGGAGGAGAAAUGAUGGAGUAACCGCUACUCCCGCAGAGCCAAGUCCUAAUCUGGAUUAAACCGCUGCAGGACUGAAGUUAAACAUGUCAACUGUGGUUUACCGACGGAGCUAGGUUUGUUUCCGCGGUGUACGCGCACGGACUCCGAUGGUCUAAAGGAAACAGCGCAAUGUUUGACUUCAUGGACUUUCACUGCUUGGGUUCUUCUGAGAUCCUGGAUCUGUACACCUUAUCCCGACCCGUCUGUGUUCUACAAGACCAGGACCUGGACCAGAACCAGGAUCUGACAGCCUUUUUCCCAGAACUCAUCAGUGAGUCAGACUGGCAGGAGCCGCACAGCUCACAGUCAGUAGGCAGCCAGAGGUUCACCUGCAGCUCCAGCUCCAGCUCGGACGACACGUUGACCAGCCCCACCUCGCCGCCGCCACCCCCCCGCACUUACAAGCCAUGUUUUGUGUGCCAGGACAAGUCCUCGGGUUAUCACUAUGGAGUCAGUGCCUGUGAGGGCUGCAAGGGCUUCUUUCGCCGCAGCGUGCAGAAAAACAUGGUUUACACCUGCCAUCGUGACAGAAACUGCAUCAUCAACAAGAUCACCAGGAACCGCUGUCAAUACUGUCGGCUGCAGCGGUGCUUCGCUGUGGGCAUGUCUAAGGAGUCAGUGAGAAAUGACAGGAACAGAAGGAAGGAGAAGAAUGAGGCAGUGAAGAUGACCAUCAUGGAGACGUACGAGCUGACGGAGGAGCUGGGCCUGAUCGUGGAGAAGAUCUGCAGAGCUCACAGAGAAACCUUCCCCUCGCUCUGUCAGCUGGGAAAAUACACCACAAACUCCAGUUCAGACCACAGGAUCCACCUGGACCUCGGCCUCUGGGACAAGUUCAGUGAACUGGCCACUAAGUGCAUUAUCAAGGUGGUGGAGUUCGCCAAGAGAGUGCCAGGUUUCACAGGUCUGACCAUGGCAGACCAGAUCACGCUGCUGAAAGCUGCCUGCCUGGACAUCCUGAUACUGAGGAUUUGCACUCGCUACACUCCCGACCAGGAUACUAUGACUUUCUCGGACGGGUUGACUCUGACCCGUACCCAGAUCCAUAAUGCUGGAUUUGGACCAAUGACAGAUCAGGUUUUCACUUUUGCUGGGCAGCUGCUGCCUCUGGAGAUGGAUGACACAGAGAGUGGGCUCCUCAGCGCCAUCUGCCUCGUCUCUGGUGACCGCCAUGACUUGGAGGAACCAUCGAAAGUUGAGGUUCUGCAGGAGCCGCUGCUGGAGGCACUGAAGAUCUACUCGCGCAAACGGCGACCCAGCAUGCCCUUGAUGUUCCCCAAAGCCCUCAUGAAGAUCACGGACCUGCGUAGCAUCAGCGCUAAAGGAGCUGAGAGGGUGGUGACACUGAAGAUGGAGAUUCCAGGUUCCAUGCCUCCUCUGAUUGAGGAGAUGCUGGAGGAUCUGCAGAACCUGGAGAACCAGCAGAAGGACCGCUGAGCGUGCGGAAAGACCAAGCACAUACUAGUACUACUUCUUUUAGAAUAUGUCCAUCUCUGGUUCCUUCACACUAAAGAACAACGGACACUUCCAGAGAGGUAUGUGAAGACACUAAAGAUCUGCUGCAGUCCUGAGGGCCACUAACGUCUUUCCUCAGUCUUUGGUCACAGACUGAAAACAUAAUGCAGUAAAGUUUUGAAGCAACACUAAGUAACUUUUGACCAGCAUCAGCAGUACCACGUGCAGUCACUGUGUUUGGGUUAGACUACUUUAUAACGUAGAGGUUUCCUCGGCUGUCAUGAGAAAUCAGUGCUUUUCAAUCUUUGAAGAUGAAGUCUUUCGUCGUUCUACUUUAUUCUUAAGCUUUUUGUGCUUUACAAGUUCCAAUUUAAAUGAACAGCUCUGAGUUUGAGGAACAGGGCUGAGGUUUUGCGAUCGAGUUGUGCGAUCCCAGACGCAGAAUUGCAACUGUUAAUUUAGAUGUUCUUUUAUAAGAUCUACGACUGUGUCAUUUAAUUCUCCCAUAAAUGCCAUUACAAAGUUAAAUCAUUUUUCUUUCAAGUAAGAGCCUAUAUCCCCUCUUUAAUACAUAAAUGUUUGGAGCUGAUUCUAGUUUUGUUUUUUUUUGUUUUUUUUUUAAAGUUACGUAGUGUUGCUUUAAUGAGAGAUUUAACGUCAACCAGGUGUUUCCUGUAUUUAUAUUUGCAUGAGAGAUCACACCGAUCAGUCUUUACCUCAACACGCACCGGUACGUUUAGCAUUAGCUUAACAAUUAGAAUAUUUUAUUAGAUUUGGACAGAAACACCUUAAACAACGUUGUCCCUGAUGAUAACGAUGAUAGUUAAAAAUCAAAAGAGAAAAUUAAACAAUCUUAAUCAUACACUGAUGUGAACAAAAGAUAUGUCCGUUUUCUUAAAAAAACAAACAUCAAUAAACAAAUUAGUGCUUAUUCUGUAAUUUUGUAGUUUUGAGCUCUUUCCUUAGUCUGUGAAUUUUUUACUGCAAAUGUGUGUCAACUGAAUUAGUUACACAUCAUCCUACAGAGGACAUUAACAGUUGAUAACCAUAUUGUUCUAAAUGGGUUUUUUUACAUGACUUUAAUGAUCGCUGUAUAAAUGUUUUCAAUUAAAAUGUUUUGCUUCAUCAAAAUAAUGCAAUUUCGGAAAAGCA